UUAACAGCCUAUAAACGAAAGGCAAAGACCAGAAAAAACAGUUUGAGGCCCAUAAGCAACAGCCAUCAAGGGCCUCAUGUGAUGUGGCCCUUAACUGCUCUUUUUCCCAUAUCCGUCCUUCCCUGCAACAAGAAAGAAGAAGAUAGGAAAGUAUUGGGAAGACGAUUAUCUCAAUUACCUGCAACAACCGCUUUAAAAUCAUCUAGAUUUACAGGUUCUUCUUCUCAUCUUAUGCCUUGCUUAGAUUCUCUCUGUUUCGAUUUUCUAUAACAUUUUAAUUGUCUCGCCUCCUUCAGUUUGCCCUAUCUCCUAAUCCUCAAGAAACGAUACCCUCGCCCUCUGACGCUCGAAAACCCUAAAACGCCCAACUUUGUUUCAUCCCUAUUCAUGAUAGGUUAAUGAAUUACUAUAAUUUUAGCAGAACAAAAUAGCCUGGCGAUGGAGGAAGCUCCUCUACUGGUUUAAUUUUUGGAUAUAUAGGGUUAUUCGAUCUUCUUCUCCAUGGAGCUGCAGUUGGUGCAGAAGGGAUUGGAUUUCUCCCGGAGAAGGAAGAAAUGGCUUUUCCUACUCGCAGCGCUCAGCUUCACUGGUUAUGGUGCCUACAAGGUAUAUUAUUUGCCUUCUGUGGUGAAGAAGAGAAAGAGGUUUUUAAAGCUUCUUGGAGCCUUGAUUUCCGUGGCCGAAGCCGUUUCCGAUUCUGCAGAGACGAUCUCAGUUGUUUCUAAGGACUUGAAGGAUUUCCUUCAGUCAGAUUCGGAUCAAAUCCCCACCAGUCUGAAGCAGAUAUCCAAAAUCACGAGAUCAGAAGAGUUCUCUGAGUCGCUGGUUCGGGUGACACAGGCUUUAACAUUGGGGAUUUUGCGAGGUUAUCGCUCUGAUGCGAGGAACGGAGAUGAAGCAUUGACCACUUCUGGCUUAACUGACCGUCUUAUGGACAGGCUUUUCUCUACGGCUGGCUUUGGUUUUGCUUCUGUGGUUGUUGGUAGCUUUGCCAGAAGCAUGGUCUUGGCUUUCUACUCUGAUGACCAAUCUUCCGGAGGUUCAAAUCUCGACCACCACCAGAUAAUUCCCCCCUGUUUUGGCCCUGAUUCGUUAUCUCCACCAAGAUGGGUAAAUGUGUUAUGCAGUAACAAGUGCAGAGAGCUCAUCGCUGACUGCAUCCAGCUAUUUGUAAACACUGCAGUUGCGGUUUACCUUGACAAGACUAUGGAUAUCAACACUUAUGAUGAAAUCUUCUCCGGUUUGACGAACCCCAAGCAUGAAAGGAAAGUGAGAGAGAUAUUGGUUUCUCUCUGCAAUGGCGCUGUAGAAACUCUUGUGAAAACAUCUCACCAAGUAUUGAGUAAUUCAAGUUCAAAUUCCUCUUCCUUGGCUGUUGGUCUAGGGGAAGGUACAAACACUACCAGAGAUGAUGUUUCUAAGGAAGCAGUGGCAAUGGAACUGAAAGAGAAAAAAUCAUUGGAUGGAAUUAGGGGCAGUGGUUGGGUUGGAAAGGUGUCUUCUACGUUGGCAGUUCCAAGCAAUAGGAGAUUCGUUCUUGAUUUGACUGGAAGGGUGACAUUCGAAACUGUAAGAUCUUUCCUGGAAUUUUUAGUAUGGAAAUUAUUGGAUGGUUUGAAAAAGAGUUACAACAUUGUUCAUGAGGAGGUUGUUGAGAGGGGAAUGGAAGUCGUAAGAUAUAUUAGUGCCAAGUCAUCUGUUAUUAUUACUGUAUGCCUUUCUUUAUGCUUGCACAUGGUAGGUGGUGCAAGGGUCUUGAUUCCAGCUUAAAACUGUGGUCGCCUGCCACCCUUUCUGCUCAUUGAACAAAUUCAUAUCACAGAUGUUGAAAGUUGUGUGGCUGGGAACUUUUCUGUCUUGCUCCAAAUCCUCAGAAGGAAUUAGGAUUGAACCAUUCCAAUUGAUAAAUUUAAGGAGUUUCUCUUUUUAUACUUUUGCCUAACAGCAUUUAUUGCAUAAACUUCUACAUGUAUUCAAGUGUUAAUUGAAUGAUAACUGAAAUUUCGUUCAUUGGGUGAGUGCUUCACAAGUUGCAACCCCAUAAGGUACCAGGAUCCUUUGACAGUCUACUUGGAGGGAAAGAUGGAAAGUAAAAGAAUCUCUGGACCGGUCGAAGCCUUUUAUAAGGCCUGUUCAAGUUUGAAAAGUGUAGUAACAAGCAGACGGACUACCUAGAUGUUGUAUAUAAGUCAUUUUUUCCUUGUUACUUUUGUCAUGAUAAUUUGUUGGCACUGCUACUUCUAAUUUUGCUUUCGUUCAUGUAGUGAAGAUCCUCUAUGGUAUGUGGGUUA